GUGGCGGUUAUCAGCCAGUGCGCUCCGUUCAUUUUCUCGACCGACGACACGAGAACCAAAGAUGAAGGGGAUUGCUGCGACUCUGGUCGCUGUUGUUGUAGGAGUGCUGGCUGUGCUUUGUGGCUGGAGCACUGCGCUGCCUUCGGAGAUUGACUGCCCACUGCACUUGCGGGCGGUUCACGAUGACAUGCACAUGUACAUGCGGCCGAGCAAGUGCACGCGCAUCAGCAACGACGAGGAAGAUCCAGACUGCCACUGCCUGGCAACGGGAGAGCGCAUCGUGUGGCCGCACCGAUUCCAGGAGAUCACAGACCUGAUUGUGGAGGGCAGGAGACCGCUGCACAUUGCCCGCGAUGACCCCAACUACUAUGGCCAGCUCUUCACCUCAUCAGACUUCUUCCGGUUCCUUACCUUUUAUCGCCACAAGUAUGAGGCCGGCUUCAACCUCGUCCGCAACGGCGACACCGUCUUCGCCAACGACGAGCCCGUCCAGCUCGGCGAUGUGCUGGACUCCAUUGCCCGCAAUGGCAGCACCGCCGUCAUGACCGCAGUCCACACGCGCGACGAACACAUCUGGGCGCUCUCGUGGGCUUUGGAGAGGGAGACAAGUCUGUUCUCUGCCACCAACAUCUAUCUGACCCCGGCCCAGUCUCGCGGCUUCAUCUUCCACCAAGAUGUUCAUGCCGUCAUCAUCCUCCAGCUUGAAGGCAAGAAGCACUGGCGGCUGUUCACGCCACCGGAAGAGCGGUCGUUCCCCUGGUACCACAAGCAAGAGGCUGCGUCACAGCGGCUGACACGCUUCUUCAAGGAGGAGGAACUUGUCGGACUGCAAGAGUUCAACUUUACGCUGCACGCAGGCGACACCCUCAUUGUGCCCCGCGGCGUCAUCCACGCUGCCGAAACAUCUGAUGAGCACUCGUUGCACUUGACCGUCUCGCUCGACGACAACGGUUUUACGUUUGUGAACGUCAUCAUUCAGGCCCUCAUGACCUUUCAAACACACAACACUCUCAGCGCCGCCACUGCAAGCUCCCUGUCGCAGCACACGUACGAGUCAUCCUCGACGCUCAGGAUCAUGCGCGAAUCCCUGCCGACAGGUCUGGACGACAACGCACGCAUCCCCACGGAGGUGGUCGAUGCCAUCCGCCCACGCUGGCAGUCGGCGAUCGACCAGCUGCAAGAGUACUGCGCGCCCCGCGGCAUGUGUGGUGCCACCAAGCAGGCGUUCCGUCGCCUGCGCAGUGAUCAGGGCCUCGUGCACGGGCUGAAGCUGCCAGUCAUGAUGAACUGCGGCGGUCAUCUCAAGGCCAUGCCAGACAUGGGCUCGAUUGGCCGACUGGUGACGCUGACGGGCGAGACGCGCGUGUUCCGGCGUCGCGGCGUCUUCAUCUGCGCCCUCGAGGACCUCGUUGAUGAGCCCGGUUCCCUUGUCCCGCGCAUCCUCGGCAUCAACAGGAAGUGGGUGAUGCAGUUUUCGGACGAGGAUUGGACGCUGGCAAAGCAGAUGCAAGAGAUUCCCGUCAACACGGUGAUGAAGGUGGCUGACCUGCCCGGCGCCAACCCACGCAUCACUGCACAGCGCUACAUCACGCUUGGCGUUCUCGCCAUCGCGGACUGAUGGAUGCCUCAUGCCCUCGUCCGAACUCCAACUCGCCUACUUAUUGGCCCUCUGUGUGCGUGUGCGUGUGUGUGUGUGUGCGUGUGUGUGUGUGUGUGCAUGCGUGUGCGUGCGUGCGUGUGCGUGCGUGCGCUUUUGUUCCGCAAACGUUGCCGGCCGCCGAGCUUCUGGUUGCAAGUAAACACGUUCUCCAAACAAGCAACCAUGUGAUUGUGU